CCCAUUCUUUUUUCUUCUGCUCCCGAUCCUACCAUUUUGAAUACCAUACACACAUACUGAUCCCACAGGAAGAGAGAGAGGGGAAGCAGAAAAGCUAAUCUCUGAGAGAUCGGUGAUGGCCUCCUCCAAAGACCGCGACACCUUCGUCUACGUCGCCAAGCUCGCCGAGCAAGCCGAGCGCUAUGACGAAAUGGUGGAUUCCAUGAAGAAAGUGGCGAAGCUGGACGUGGAAUUGACCGUGGAGGAGCGGAACCUGCUCUCGGUUGGCUUUAAGAACGUGAUCGGCGCCCGGAGGGCUUCCUGGAGGAUUCUUUCAUCGAUCGAGCAGAAGGAGGAAGCGAAAGGGAACGAUCAGAAUGCGAAGCGGAUCAAGGAGUACAGGCAAAAGGUAGAAUCGGAGCUUUCUGGAAUUUGCAGUGAAAUUAUGACUGUUAUUGAUGAGCAUCUCAUUCCAUCUUCUUCGGCCGGUGAAUCUACCGUUUUUUACUACAAAAUGAAAGGCGACUAUUAUCGGUAUUUGGCGGAGUUUAAGUCUGGGAACGAGAAGAAAGAGGCUGCUGAUCAGUCACUGAAAGCUUAUCAGACAGCUUCUACGACAGCAGAGGCUGAUUUAUCUCCCACACAUCCCAUUCGGCUGGGUUUGGCCUUGAACUUCUCUGUUUUUUACUAUGAAAUUAUGAACUCCCCUGAAAGGGCCUGCCACCUCGCAAAGCAAGCUUUUGAUGAAGCUAUCUCAGAGUUGGAUACUCUGAAUGAGGAGUCUUACAAGGAUAGCACAUUGAUUAUGCAACUUCUGAGGGACAACCUGACCUUGUGGACUACUGACAUCCCAGGGGAUGAUGCAGAAGAGAGCUGGAAGCUGGAAACCUCUGCUAGGGCUGGUGGGAAUGAAAACGCAGAGUGAAGCAGACGAUAACCUGGGAUAUAUUGCAUGUAAUGGGGAGAGUAUUUGAUGCCUGAAUAAUCCUUGGGUUAUUUUGUAGUUCUGAAGAGUGUCAAAUUUAUAUCCUUCCAUUCCAAUCGCGUGUAUUGUUUUGAUAGUUGUAUGAUGUUGAACAUUUCUAAACCAUUUGCUUCCCUGAAGCCCCUCUCCCCUCCCCAUCACUGUAGCCUUUUGUUCAAUGAAAAUUUUAUUUACUGUUUCUCUCUUU